GGUCGAUUGAUGAGAACGCUGCCACCCGGUUCGGCUCUCUCACUCCAAGGUCGACUUGUUUAGCUUCCAUCUCGCAACUUCUCGGACGGAUUCUUAUAUCACAACCAUCAUCGAGACCGCCUGCCCGCCAUGGCGUCAUUUUUCCAGUCCUUCCGGGCCUCGCUGAUGCCCAAGCAACUACUCCGCUUUGCACUGUCCCGCCUGGAUGUUCUCGACAAGCAGACACUAGAUCUGGAGAAGCUUGAUUUCGCUCUCGGUCGAAAUACGGUCCUCGAGUUUCGAGAUGUCGGUCUCGUGCUUCAGAAACUCGAGAAGCUGCUGGGGCUCCCACCAGCCUUCUCACUGCAAAAGGCCAAGGUUCUCGUUCUCCGAGUCACGGUCCCCAUGGACUUCUACACCAGCCCCAUCACGGUCGAGGUAGAUGGCGUUGACAUUCGCCUGAAGGUUGCACCAAAGCAAGACAAGGCUGCCAAACAUGGCGAGGGCGCGGGCGUCUCUGACGCUGUCCCGACCGCUGCAGAUCUUGCGCAGGCUUUUCUGAAGAUACAGCCGGUGGCAGAAAAGGAGGAGCUGGAACAAGAGCUGGAACAGGCCCUCGCAGCUGGAAGUCAAGACCUCGGGGCUUCAGUGGCCAUAAGUGAGCCUGACAGCGUCGAUGGCUCGACGGUUGGCACUGGUCAGAACCUGUCCCUGCCUACAUUCCUGACCGGCUUCCUGCAAGGGAUCAUCGACAGAAUGCAAAUCCGUGUGCAGGGUGUGCGGUUUCAGGUUGAUGUCGAUGUGCCGCUUGACCCAAGUGCUUCGACUCUAGAACCGGUGACCUUUGAACUAUCGCUGGACACUAUCAACGUGGAAGGAGUGACUACGCCCACGGACUCGCCAGACGAAGGGCCUUUGAUUGUGCACAAGGAUGGGAAACGACACAUCCUGUUAGACAACAUCCGCGCCGCUUUGAUCACCGAGGCGAAUGUUUUCUCAUCUAUGGUCUCCUCCCCGGCGAUGCUCUCACCCAUGGCAUCACGGUCGCCAGUAGUGACUGGGUCGCGCACCUUCCCUGCCGCUGGACUCGCUAGUAGUGUGAGCUCCGAUUCGAUGAUGGCAGGUUCCGGCGACCUUUCACAGAGCCGAUAUCUACCGGGAGAUGGCGAGGUGGCUUUCAACAUUCCCUACGACUUGGGGGGAAACACCGGCUCUGAUCAAGUCGUGGAACCAAGUUCGCCACUCUCCACUCCGAGGGCUUCGGUCUACCGAGGUUCUCCCCCGCCUCAUACUCUCACCGAAGACUCGGAAUCGACAAUACUUCAGCGGUUUAGAGCCUUGUCGCCCUAUGGACAGGAAGCGGAGUCUCAGCUUUCUCUUCAACCACCCGAACAUAUCUCGCAGCCAGUUGCCCUCUCUCCAGCUGCAUCCGUCCACUCGGACUCCAAUAUCAGUUCGGGAAGCGCGCCCUCAGAGGACUUGACGCAAUCCCACCUUUACAGCCACGAGGAAGCUGAAAGUAUGUAUAUGAGUGCUUUCUCGCAGGCUGAAUCGACCAGAUUGCGUGGCGGAAUGCCGGGAGCCUGGGAUGCGUUCGAAGAUUCUCCCCAUGACACCGUGGCUGCGGCCGUGGCGACCCCCUCUGCUCUCCACGAAGGGAGUGACCGGGCCGAGAACUCCGCGCAACAAACUCUUUACGAAGCGCAGCCGGUGAUUGAGGAGGCCGAACCCGCACCAGAAGAUAUUCCCACCCCUCGUGGUCCACCUCGCCUGGUGAAAGAGGUUUUAUCGGUUGACUCAGUAUCAGUCUACGUGCCAUCGCCGCGCGAGCACGUUCAUCUCGCGGCUCCUGACAUGGAAAAGUCGAUAUCUCCAGACAUGCCAGGGGCGUUCUCACUCCAUGCCUCAGCGACUGUGAGCCCCAAAGUCAUGCCGAUUCCUACGCAGCCAGCUCAAAAGACGAGCAUGCAACCAUCCAUCGAGAUUGCAUUGAAACCCGUAGAAUUCCGUUUCGAUGCUUCGAUUGGGUUUUUGGUGGCUAUGGUGGCGGCUCGGCUUCUUGAAGCGGCCCAAGGCGAACCGAGCGAAGCUACCGGUCUUGGUUCAUCGGUAUCGGGGCCCAAAUCUAAGACUCCUGAUAUCAAAGUGGCCGUGGAGAAGCUUUCCGUAUUGUUACUGGAGAGGCUUCCCGGGGUUUCCACCAUCGCUCGCAAGACAUCAGAGAAGCAACCAUCUAACUGCACCCCUGUUCUGCUCCAAAUUAUUCUUGGAGACCUUAGAGGCACGGUGUCCAGCGAAGGUUCGCAAACAGCAGCGGACCUCAGCGUCGAGAAGCUGAGGUUUGGGUACGCAAAUGAGGACAUAAUCUCGUUCGACCGCUCCGUUCAGUUGUUCGAGUCCGUGGCAAACACGUUUCCCUCGGCCGGCCAGGACAUCGCUGUCAAGGCCACAAUGGGGUCUGAUACUUCGCGGAUAGAGGUAAACACUCUGCCCCUCCACGUCAAGUUGGAUCUUCAGAGGCUCGACGAGGCGUUCAGCUGGUUCGGUGGGCUCAGUGGCUUCCUUAACAUGGGGGCUUCGAUCACAUCAACCGCGUCGAGGGCUGGCAAAACUCCGGCCAAGUCGGCUCAGAAACCCAGAGGGGUCCGUUUUGAAGAACCUUCCCACCCGGGCGAGGGGGCCGCAUCAAACGCGAAGAAGAUUGAUUUGCGUAUCAACGGUCUGCAGCUCGAUGUCGUUGGAAAGGACUGCAGUGCCGUACUGAACACUAGCGCCCUUAAACUGAUCAACAGGAGUGGGCAUAUUGGCAUUCAUUUCAGCAAGAUACAAGUGCUCGGGCCCUACUUAAAUGCCUCCAAAUCCGAAGCCCCCGUCGCUGUCGAAAUCGUGGAUACCAGACUCGACUAUUUCUUGCUCCCGCGGACCAAAGACCUUGAGGAGUUGCUUGAGUUGAUCACUCCUUCUCAAACUAAGUUCGACGAGGACGAGGAUGAGAUCAUGGUCGACACUCUGCUCCGGCAGCGAAGAAAGGGACCGGUGCUGUCAUUCACUGUUGGCAAAGUAAGGGUUGACGCGGGCAACCUGCAGCAGCUCAGCUGCCUUCCUGGUCUUGCCGAGGAUCUCGCUAAGCUUGGGACUGUCGCCAAAUACCUACCCGAAGAUGACCGGCCAGGUCUACUGACUCUGGGUCACGUCAAGAGUGCUGAUUGUCGUGUCCAUUUUGGCGGAAGGUUCGGUGCCGUUCAAGCCUCCCUCGCGGACCUCGAACUUGCCCAUAUCACAGUGCCUGCCUUGGUUGCUAUCGCUCUGGGCCAUGUUUCCCUCAAACGGAACACGGUUGAGCAGCUUGUGGCGACUUCCCCGGCACCGGCAACUGGUUCUUCGCAGAACCCGCCAGUCUUGAGGAUGAGGAUGAUCGAUGACAUCGAACCGGUCCUCAAGCUCAUUCUGACCGGAUUGAGCGUGGAGUACCGAGUGCCGACGAUCAUGGACAUUCUGGAUCUCGCUGAGGAUGCCACACCUCAAGACUACGAGGCCAGCCUAGCCGCGUCUGUUGCGAAUUUGGGCGGUCAAGCUCAUGCCGCCAUUCAAAGAGCCCCUUCAGAGGCGCUGCUGUCGACGGGUAAAGCUAAAGAGUCCAAGCCGAUGAAAGUGGAUGUGGCCCUCCGGGAUUGUCUCGUUGGCCUCAAUCCUCUUGGGUUACCGUCCAAGCUGACCCUUGCGCUUACCGAUGCUCACAUUGACGUGGUGCCGGGGACAAAAGACAAUUUGAUCACAGUAACAAGAUUGAAGAGAGCCGCUGUCCUACUCAUCGAUGAUGUCUCUAUCCUCGAGUCCGGCGGAGCUCCCUUCGCAUCGACCCGGCGGCCCCAAGCGGCUCCGUCUCCGCAGGUCACUGAGCUGUGCGGGAAGGGAUACGUCAAUAUCUGCCAGAUCUCCUCGGCAGGUGCCACGGUAAAGGCGACCAAAGACGCCGCGGGCGAGACCCGGUUAGAGGUCGAAGUGCGCGACGACCUCCUGAUCCUCGAAACAUGCGCGGACUCGACACAGACGCUGAUUGCUUUGGCCGGUGCACUCGCGCCGCCUACUCCGCCAAGCAAGGAGAAUAAGUAUCGGACGUCUGUGGUUCCGUUCGAAGACCUACUGAACUCCAUCAGGCUCGAGGCUUUUGGUGGUGCCGAAGGGGAUUACGAUUUCGACAACGACUUCGCCGUGGCACAGGAGCUCGGAGAGAGCAUUGGCAGCGACGAGGAGUUGUAUGGCGGACCAAAUGACAACCCGCUGAAUCUCGAUUCGCAGUUGUACGAGGAAGGGGCUCUCCAUGAAGAACUGUUUAACGCCGCGUCCGAAAGCACAAAGAUCGAAGACACCAAUGACGGUGUUCUUCUCAGCACUGCCAGUCUUGGAGUUAAGAGCAGCAGCGAACUCGAAAGCAGCAGCUCCGAUCUCUCGAUCCACGAGGAUUAUUUUGCACAGCCCCCUCAGGAUGACGGCACAACGCAUCGCUGGAACCCCAAGGAGGACGGAUACGCGCAAAACAACAAUUCCGGGCCCGAGCACUACCCCUUGAAGGUCUCGGUUCGUGAUAUGCAUAUCAUAUGGAACCUGUUUGAUGGAUAUGACUGGGCCCGCACCCGGGAGGUGAUUGCCAGGGCUGUUCAAGAGGUGGAGACAAAGGCGCACGAGCGACGAACUUGGGCAGACCGCAGCCGCGGAUAUGACGAAGAAUUCGACGAGGAUGAGACCGUCAUUGGCGACUGCCUCUUCAAUUCGAUCUACAUUGGCAUUCCGGCCAGCCGUGACCCGAGAGAGUUGACCCAGGCCAUCAACCAGGGCUUGCAGGAUUUCGGGGACACGGAAUCCGUCGCUACCACGACCGUCACCCAGACGACAGUUCGCGCGGCUGGGCAACAUCGCAGAUCCAAGAGCCUAAAACUGAACAGGAGCAAGCGUCAUAAGAUCACAUUCGAGCUCAAGGGCGUGAAUGCGGACAUGGUCGCGUUCCCGCCAGGAUCCGGGGAGACGCUCAGCUCGGUCGAUGUCAGGGUCCGAGACCUUGACAUUUUCGACCACGUUCCUACAUCGACAUGGAAGAAGUUUGCUACGUAUGACAUUGACGCCGGCGAGCGGGAAAUGGGGGCGAGCAUGGUGCACUUGGAGAUCAUGACUAUACGGCCUGUGCAGACGCCGGUCACGGAAUUGGUCGUAAAGGCCAAGGUUUUGCCCUUGAGGCUGCACGUCGACCAGGACGCGCUGGACUUCAUCAUCCGUUUCUUCCAGUUCAAAGACGAGUCUGUGCCAGUGGCGUCACCGAGCGAUAUCCUCUUCAUCCACCGGGCGGAGAUCAGCCGCAUCCCCGUCAAACUUGACUUCAAGCCGAAGCGGGUCGACUAUGCCGGGCUGCGUUCGGGCUCGACGACGGAGCUGAUGAACUUCGUGAUCCUCGAGGAAGCCCGCUUGGUCCUCCAUCGGGUCAUCCUGUACGGCGUGCCCGGGCUCGAGGACCUCGGCAAGCGGCUUGACAAGGUAUGGAUGAAAGACGUGAUCGGCAACCAGCUGCCCACGUUCCUCGCUGGUCUAGCGUCUGUGCGGUCGCUUGUCAACGCAGGAAGCGGCUUUCGAGACCUGAUCGAAGUCCCAAUCAGGGAGUAUCGCAAGGAUGGCCGCAUCAUCCGAAGCAUCAAGAAAGGCGCCACCGCCUUUGCCAAGUCAACGGGCAUCGAGGUCGUCAAGCUAGGCGCCAAGCUCGCCAUCGGCACGCAGAACGCCCUGCAAGGCGCCGAGGACCUGCUUGCGCCCCACCAGGCGGGAGAAGGCAGCAGCUCCGCCGCCGGCGUGGCCGUCCUUGGCGAUGACUGGGAGGUGGACGAGUACGAGGAGGAGAGCCACCGCAAGAUCAGCCUUUACGCGCACCAGCCGCUAGGCGUCGUCCAGGGCAUCCGGGGCGCGUACGCCGGCCUGGCCAGAGACCUCGCCGUCGCGAGGGACGCCAUCAUUGCGGUGCCGGCCGAGGUCAUGCAGAGCCAGAACGCACAGGGUGCGGCGAAGGCCGUGCUGAAGCAGGCACCUACUAUCAUACUGCGGCCGGCCAUCGGUGCGACGAGGGCGAUUGGGCAGACCCUGUUGGGCGUGACUAACUCGUUGGAUCCGAUGCACCGGAGGCGGGUGGACGCGAAAUACAAGAAGUAGCACCGAAAUCGCGGCGCGUACGAGGAUCGAGUAACUGGGUACUCCAUCCCAUGAUGUUUGAUAUGGGUACUAGGUAUGGUGGCGCUUGAGUAGGUUUAGAAUGGAGUUGGGGGGGGUGGGGGUUUAUGUCUGGACUGACUCAUUAGCCAUUAUCUCGGUUUGGUUUUCAUUAUUCUUUUUUCUCUGCUGGACUCACUCCUUUUC